UCUAUCUGAGACCAGUGGUGCAAAGAGAUCCAUGUAUUUUCUGUUCCCAAGCAGCAGUGAGAGCACACCUAUUUGACAUCACAAAGGCAUAGGUGACAAAGAGAGAGGCACAGACAUCAUUAUCAUCCAUUCCACAACAGGUGUAAGAGCAUGAACAUGCAUGAGAGAGAAGUGUAAGGGGAGAGACUCAAAGAGAGGGAAAGACUGAAGGUGAGACGAGGCUGAAAGCAUGACAACGCCUCCUAUACCCCCCAGGAAGUCAUUCUUGGUGAAGUCGUCUACGGUCACCGGGUCCUAUGACCUACCAUCCUUACAGGACGACUCAGACAACCAAGAGGAAACCGCAUCAACGACCUCCAAUCAGACUGGCUCCCUAACGGACUAUCAGAGCCCCCGUUUGAGCCCCCGUCCUGUUCGCCGCCCUCCAGUUCCUCCCAAGACCCAUGGCACUCUUCUAAGCCCCUCUCCAACUGCAAGCGGGGACUAUAACAAUGUUGAUCGAUCUAAACUUGGAAUGUCUGAGAAGGCCUUAGAUGUGUAUGGCAAAAAUAAGCCCUCCCCUCCUCCUCUCCCAAGGCCUGUGAGACCCCCUCGGUCCCCCAUGAUGUCCCGCUCCUCUUCAGAGUAUGAGAGGACUCUACCUGAAAUGCACCUAUUACAACCUCAGGAUUCCAUAGAACGAAAGCACAGUCAAUCCCCUCGCCCUGCUCGACCCCCAGCUCGACCCAAAUCUGAAACCCAGUCCUUGUAUGGGGGCUAUGGCGUCAAUAGAGCCCAGAGUCCGAGGCCCUCAAACACAGACAAUAAGAGGUCGCCUCACCCUUCACGUCCCCCACCACGGCCAGGAGGGCCCCCCUCCCACACCCUGUCCCGUUCCCCCUCAGGGAUCGAAACAACGACCACACAACUCCAACCCCUGCUGCAGCCCACCAAAGCAAAAGGAGGAUCUCCGCCUCCUCGUCCUCAACUCCCGCCCCCACCCUCGUUCACCCCCCCACCACCACCUGUAAAUAAACCACCACUGUCGUAUCGACCUACCACCAUCUUCCACUCAGAGUCAGUCUACAGCGAGGUCAGCGAGGUUCAGGACCAAUUAUCUUAUCUAGAAGUACUGCCUGAUGAGAACCCAUUCCAGUUCAACCCAUCUGGCAGCGUCGACAAAACACAGGCAGCACCGGAGUUCCAACCUGGUCAACGUUAUCAGAACUAUCAAUUCAAUAAGGAAGCAGAGCAGGAAUUUGAAAAUCUAAUGAGGUGGAUGAAGACAGUUGGAUGCUGGGAAAACAUGCCUCCUUCAUUUCAUGGCCUCAGUCUAGAGGAUGAAACCAGGGAGUUCAGUCAGAGGUGCCUCUAUGUGAAAAAUGGCCUCCGUCUGUUCAACUGCCUGCUAAUGAAGCGUAGCGAUACCCUGCGAGGCCACAUCACAGAGCUCAACGACCUUGCCGAGAAGCUGGACAAAGUACAGAAGAAAACCAAAACCAUGAGCAUCGCAGGGGGCACCACGGGCGUAAUGGGAGGGGUGGUGGCCGUUGUGGGCAUUGUCCUCGCCCCCAUAACCAUGGGUGCCUCCCUCAUAGGGACGGCAGUUGGGGCGGGCAUGGUGGCUUCGGGUACUGGGAUGGGCAUCAAAGCGACCAUGGACAACAACAAAAUCAACUCUGUGGACAGAAAGAGGCUGGAGGAGGUGGUACAGAAGUACACAGCUGAGAUAGCAGACGUGGAGUUGUGUCUUUGCUUCAUCCACAGUGGGAUGGCUGAGCUGAGGCGGUAUAACUUCCACAGGCUCCAGCAUGCUGAUCCUGAGGCCCUGCGGAUAGCCAGGGUGAUGGAGGCAGUGCAUCCUGGGUGUAAUAAGUCCCAACAGUUGGGCAUGAAGUCUAAGAGGAUCCUGCAAGGAUUUGCCAGAGACAUGGACCUGUAUUAUACUGACAAGGAUGGCCAGAGGCUGAAAAAGGGCUCCGAGACUAAGUUUGCCACCAGGAUCCGUGGUGUGACCCAAGAGCUACAGGAGGAGUUCAAUGAACUGCACCAAGUGUGGCAGACUUUCUUUCUAGCAGCCAGUAGAUUUUGAGGUGUGUGUCUGCCGCGGUUAUUGCAGUAAAGGUAUGGCAAUAUUUUGGACACAUGCAAGAUAUUGUUUUUGUUUUUUUUUGGGGGGGGGGGCAUAGGGAGGUACUCAUUUUUGAAGUGGGUUGCCCUAAUGAAGCCUACAUGAAGCCAGCCUUUGCUGACAAGUUGCUGAAAUUUCAGCCCCUGUGAACAGCCUUGGUUAUCAGUGCAAACUUGCAGUGCUAAUAUUUGGGAGUCUCAGCCAUGUACAUAGGCUGACAGUAAGUGGCUUUCAGAUUGCAGGCCUGCAUAGGACAAAGGCAAAGCAGCGGUACUGCUCGGUGUCGGCUGUUUUGGGCAGCUUUGUUGCAUGGAGAAGGUGCUUUCUGUAUCCAUUAGUCUCCAUAUAUCCAUGAACUUUGAAAUUUUUAAUCCUCUCGACUGUCAUGCGAUUUGUGGUUUCAAAUAAAGUAUUUAAAAUGUAAGAGUAUGACUAUGAAAUGUUUUAUUAUGCAGUGUGUAGUGCUGAGAAUAUCAAUGGGACAUUUUAUCUAUAUACUAUUUGUGAAUUAUCUGAAUACUAAAAAGGACAUGCAAUAAACUUUAUUGA